GUUUGCUGAAAGUGCCCUGCAUGGUCUGGUUCUUUUUCAUGCUGCUGCAGGCCGAUCUGUCCCCGAGGGAAGGACUUUCCGUCCCUCGCCCUGUCCUGCCCCAGACUGAACCCCGCAGCGUCUUCCCAGGGGACACUAGCAGGCCAUGGCCCCCAGCCGCGCUCCCCGCCCGCGCACCCGGCGACAGGUGGUGCGGGCGCCGCCGCCGCUCGCCUGGAAAUGCGAGCUACCUGGACAGUGACAUUUCUGAGAAGUCUUGUUCAGCUUCAAGAGCCGAGAAGAGCCGUGCCCUCAGGACUUGCCGUUGUGAGGACACUGCUUUCCAGGAGUCACAGAAAUCCUCAGUCCCCGGUCACCGGCAAAAGACGACAACAGGCAGAAAGGGGAAGGUGCCGCCGCCCACACCAACACCAUUGUCACAGAAAUGGAAACGGGACCGCAAACAGUCUCUGGAGUCAGCUUAUGUCCCCGUGGUGGUGGAUCCUCGCGGGCAGGAGCCAGACAGUAGUUUCAGGUUCAAUUUCUACAACUCACAGUAUUCCAACUCUCUCAAUCCCUUCUACACCCUGCAGAAACCCACCUGUGGUUACCUGUACCAGAGAGAAACUGACCACACACGGAAAUGCUUUGGCAUUCCUCCCGCAAACCUGGUCUUGUGGCGCAGCACCUACUAAAUCCGAGACAUCUGGAAGUCCCCACCCUGCACCUUCACUCUGCGGUCCUGGGUCCCAGAGGGAAAAGUCAUUCAUUCCUGGAGAAGCGGCAUAUACCUGGGCUAGCCAGGUAUGCUGUGACAGCUGAGGGAGGCCUCGUCCCAAUAAACUUCGUCCUUCUUUUUUUCUGGCA